AUGCGGAUUGAAGUGGUGCGCGCUCCCGAGCCGCUGGGCCCCGCGCUGGCUGAAGCAGUCGACGCGCUCGGCCGGCGGUCCGCCCUCGCCCAGGCUCUCUCCCAGGAGAUCACCUCGGUUGCGCUCUUCACGACGCCCGGGGCGACGCAACAGCGCCAGCGUCUGCUACUGGCUAAGGACGAUGAUGACCGCGUCAUCGGAUUCCUGAAGACCGGGGUCAAGCACCUAUUCUACAUGAGCCACACGGGCCAGUACAUCGAGAUGGAUCCGCUCUGCGUGCUCGACUUCUACGUGGACGAGGCCUGGCAGCGUCGCGGCGUGGGGCUGCAGCUCUUCCAGCGCCUGCUUCAAGACGAGCAGGUGACGCCGGCCCAGCUCGCCUACGACCGACCGUCGCCUAAGCUAUUCGCCUUCUUGAAGAAACACGCCGGUCUCACUGAGCACUUCCCGCAGCCCAACCGCUUCGUCGUGUUCGAUGCGUAUUUCCAGUCUCGUCAGUAAAGCAGAUCGGAUAAUAGAAAACCACUCGCUGUG